GCCAUUGCUUGCUCCAAAGAGUAAAAGUAAUAUGGUGGAGGGUGUGGAGUGUGGCGGUUGAAUCGGCAGCGGCAGCGGACAUUGUAUUCUCUUUGGCGGACAUUUUGUGUCUUGAUGAAUUUGAUGAUACAGCUGCAGUUCACCAAAUAAAUAUGGGCAUGAGCAGCCAGCGCAUUCACAUUUCACCAUGAGACGAGUCCAAGCACAACGCAAAUUCGCCGCGGGCAUACAUGUUCCGGUUACGCGUCAAACGCAACAAGCCGCUGUGGACAGGAGAACAGCAACACCUCCCGAGUCAAGAGUCUUCCAAAUACAUACUACACCGAGCUCGAUGUUGGAUGUGGUCGCUUUCCAAGGUAUACACACUCACAAGCAACCAGUUGUACUAUUAAAAAGGUUAGAAGAUACAAUGCAGCCAAGUUGCAGCAAGAGCAGCGAAAAUGGCGAAUCUGAACCGCCCAAUCGGUACCCAAUACGUUCGAAGAGCAGAAAAUCUGUACGGAGGGAUCGUAGCAGUGAUACAGGUUGUAGUAAAAAGAGAAAAAUAUCCAAGAAGAAGUCAUCAAAUAGUAAUGCAUUCAUGGAAAUAGAACAGUCCGUACCCAUAACACCUGUUUCUGGAGCUUCUGCCGAUCAUAUGAUAGAUGAGGAGGUAGAAAAUGUUAAUGGAUAUGGAAGCAUGACGCCUCUUCCUAAUACUACUGGCUGUAGAGCAGAUAAGGAAGAUUCUGGAAUUGUGAACCAAGUUCCUUUUGGUGCUUUAACAGAAAUGGAAAUGCCUGUGUCCAUAAAGACGUCCAAUGAUCCCUCAGAUUUAAUUAAUAUAAAGCAAGAAUCCCCAUUUCGUGUGUCUGGUACUUCGAAUUAUGUUUCAAAUUUACAAUUUGAAAAUUCUGAUGAAGCCAUCGCGAAUUUAAAUGUUAAAACUAAAAAUGAGAGGACAGAUGAAUAUGAAGAAUUUUCAGACAAUUCAGUUAUUAUUGAUGAUAGUGAUGGACAGGACGCAGUUACGAGUAGCUCCAUAACUUAUACACCGGCACCGAACAACAAUUGUGCACAAAAUAUAGACGAUGCAACUCCAUCUAUUCAAAAUCAAGCAAGUACACGUAGCAACACGAAAAAAACAAGAAACGAGUCAUGCCCCUCGAGGCACAUUACUUCUUUAAAGGAAAUUGUUUGCUGUAGUAAUACUGUUCUAAAUAAAAAAUGUAACGCGUGUAAAUUCUGUUCAAAAAUAAAACUCGUAUCGACACUUGUGAAAUCACUGGAGUCGUCGAGUUUCAACUUAUUACUAUCGGAUCAUAUUAAUGUUGAAAAUCUUCCCACUGAUCUCACUGAUACUACCAAUCCUUCAAUAUCAGUUUCAUCAACUGGAGAUUUAAAUAAUUCAAAUAAUACGUGGAAUUGUAAACUUGAAGUACCGUUCCCGGAGACCAUGGAUGAUGAUUGUGAUGUAACUGAGACCGUGCAAAAUGGCCAAUUGUCCGGCACACAACAGCAAGAGACACGCAAUCCCAACGCGAGUCCGUCCACUGAUGAGACGUCGGAAAAUCGGCGGUCUGUUUUCAUUCCAUCCUCAGCAGUUCCUGGACCAUCUACUAGUACACCUACCCAGACACCUCCUAAUUCCGAAAUUUCCAGCGACGAUGAAGUAUUGUCUAAAAUGAGGAAUAUUGAACGACCAAAAAUGCAAAAUGCUCCCGUUUUCGAACCGACCGCAGAGGAAUUUAAGGAUCCUAUGGUAUACUUCGAGUCAAUACUGCCAAAGGUGGCAGAGUUUGGGUUGUGCAAAGUGAUUCCACCGAGAACGUUCGUCCCACCUUGUAACUUGGAUAACGAAAUUCGAUUUGGGGUAACAAAUCAGUAUAUAGGGCGUAUGUUCAAACGCUGGGGUUCGGCCUCUAAAGAACUUUCCAAUAUUCGGGCCAAUUUGCUUGCGCACAAAAUCUACCCCAGACCACCAUUGCUUGAUGGCCUUGAGGUAAACUUACCAAAACUAUUUCGAGUUGUGCAAGGCUUGGGUGGAUUGAAGAACGUAUUCACUAAGAAGAAAUGGAAUAAGGUUGCUGAGGAGAUGAGAUACAAAAAUCUGAUAAAUCCGAAAAAGCGUCUUGACCAAAUAUAUGUAAAAUUCCUGUUGCCAUACGACACGUUGACCAAUCAGGAGCGUAAUAAGCUGACUAAUCACGUUAAUCGUUUAUGGAAAAAGCGUUCCGAUAAUAUGUUAGACCGAGCUACGAACCCAUUGCAUAGACAGAAACGCAUGUUGGCGGAGUCUGAUUCGUCCUCCGACGAAGAGUAUGGGCCAGAUGAUGUGAAAAUAUUGGAGUCAUUGAGUGAAACCGAAGACUGUAUUAUCGCGGGAAAGAAAAUGAAUUUGAAGUUUUUUAAAAAGAUCGCCAAUAGCGCUGUGGACAUAAACGUGCCCUCGGGCGUUUGCAACGAGGAGAAUGUCGAGAAGAUAUAUUGGAAGCAUGUCGAGACUGGCGAGGACCAUGUGUGCGUGUACGCCGCCUCCAUAGACACGGACGAGGCUGACUUGGGUUUCCCGAACGAUUGUGAACAACCGUACUCGCAACACCCGUGGAAUCUGAAGAGACUGAGUGAAAAUCCUCGCAACGUUCUAAGUUACCUAGGCCCAGUUGUGGGUAUGACGGUGCCAACCCUGCACCUAUCUAUGGUGUUCUCUACUAGUUGCUGGCAUCGCGACCCACACGGCCUACCCUGGAUUGAGUACAUGCAUGAGGGUGCGGAGAAAAUAUGGUAUGGCAUACCAGACGACCAAAGCAAUAACUUCCGCAGCGCAGUGGAGAUUCUUGGCCCUGCGUUCUGCCAAAACAAAUCCAUUUGGCUCCCCUCUGACAUUACAAUGAUACCCCCGGAAAUGUUACAGAAGUAUAACGUAUCAAUGUGCCGUGCGGUACAAAAACCCCGCGAGUUCAUCAUAGUGUGCCCCAAGGCUUACUCUUGUUCGAUUGCCACAAAUUUUGCAGUAUCAGAAAGUGUGUACUUCGCUACAGACAGCUGGAUUAAAAACUACGUUAAUAUAUUUAAGGAGUUAACGAAUAGUUGUGAACCAGCCAUGUUCUCUAUUGAAAAGUUAUUAUUAUCUUUUACACACGAUCAACGUACUCCUAUGGAUAUUUUAAGGCAAAUCUACCCGACAUUGAAUGAAAUAAUAAAAAAGGAGCUUAAGAACCGUCGUUCGAUUAAAAAACUUGGAUAUAAGGGUAAAGAUAUUCCAAAGAAACGAGUUGACACCGGUGCCUGGAAUGUUCGCGAUCAAGAUGAGUGCGAACUUUGCAGGGUUACCUUAUACCUGUCUAAGGUCAAGGGCAUGUUCCACAAAAAAACAGCGCUAUGUUUGGAACACGGAUUGACAAUAUUAAAAAAGAAAAUAAAACCAAAAUUCCCGUUAGAGGUAGAACACAUCGUGUCAUCGGAUGUGUUGACACAAAUUUUAGAAGAACUUCAAUUGCGGCUAACUGAGGGAACAAUGUAAACAAUAUUUAUAAGGGCUUUAUAAUUUUAUCGCUAUACCGGGUGUAAUCGUUAAGUAUGCACAGGCGAUUAUUCCGUAACUAUAACAGAUAUCAAAAAACUUUAAAC